UUGACUACCAACAUGUCUUGGAUCAUGGACAAGCUGUGGGCUGUGUGGGAUGAGGAGUUUGGCUUCCGCGAGAAGAACGUCAAGCGCCGGCUGAACAUCAAGCUGAUGCGCAACACCCUGCUGUUUGGUCUCUCCAUCUAUGCCAUGCGUGAGAAGCCCGAGAUCUUCCUUGGCGACCAGCCGCUCCCGCCUGGUCCGUCUGGCCAGUCUCCGCAGAUGAUGUAA